AUGGCUGGGACUUCUUCCACAACAAUUGUGGUCAACUUGACCAAAACUAUUGUCGGCGCAGGAAUGCUUGCUUUGCCGUUCGCCUACCGAGCGCAGGGUAUCGUACUGGCGUCCACAACCAUCAUUCUAGCUGCAGUGGCAACGUUUGCCGGAGCCGCAGUGCAGGCAUACAGCGUUGGUGUUGUUCCAAAAGGUGAUGCGUCUUUCUUCACUAUAUCAAAGCUCACUUAUCCGUCGCUGGCCAUUCUGUUUGACCUAGCCAUUGCAGUGAAAUGCUUUGGUGUGGGGGUUUCGUACCUAGUUAUCACGGGAAAUCUUAUGCCCUCUAUUGCUGCCUAUUUUGGCGCCGACGGGGACUCUAUUUUCUUGUCUCGGGUGUUCUGGUUGGUUUUGGCAAUGGCAGUCGUGGGGCCGCUAUCCUACCUCAGGUCGCUGGAGUCUCUUCGCUAUACGAGCAUUGUUGGUUUGUUUUCCGUAACCUAUCUUGUUGCCAUGGUUGUGGGGCAUUUCCUCGCCGGAGACACUAUAGAUCAGCGGGGACCCGUCUCGGUGUACAAGCCCGUGGGGGUUUACGAGGUUUUUCGAUCUCUUCCCAUCAUUGUUUUUGCAUACACGUGUGGCCACAAUGUCUAUUCAGCCUUGAAUGAGGCGGCGUUUGACUCAUUGUCCGUCUCUCUAAAAGUCAUUGGCACAUGUUUAGGUUUGGGCGGUGCCAUCUAUUUACUGGUUGGUCUUACAGGGUAUUUAUCGUUUGGUGUCAACGUUUCAGACAACAUUAUCUCCAUGUACCCGCAAUCUCCACUGUCUACGUUUGGACGGGUCGCAAUUGUAGUGCUUGUCGUGCUGUCGUUCCCGCUGCUGAGCCAUCCGUGCCGGGCAUCUAUCUGCUACAUUCUAGAGUCAAUUCGUCACGAUCCGAAUCGGGCCCCCCACGAAGAGUUAGCACUGCUGCACCCCACACAAGAACGUCCAAUCACGCCGCUCGUGACCACAAAGGAGCAUAUUGUUGUAACUUCGCUCAUUCUGAUUGCAACAUUCAUUAUUGCAUGCAGUGUCGAGUCGCUUGAGCUAGUGCUAGCAAUCGUAGGUGCUACUGGUGCUACUGCUAUCUCGUUUAUUUUGCCUGGCAUAUUCGCCUAUGCCCUUGGCUCAAGCGACCUCGAGAACCGCCUAAUCACCUUAACCCCAUCGCAGAAGACUAUGAUGAAAUACGGUGGUUUGGCCCUCACUAUUUGGGGCAUAACGGUGACUAUAGUGUGCUUGGGGUCUACAUUUGCAAGCCUGAACUAG